AUGGAACAUGAGAAGCUCCAAAGUUGUCUCCCAUGGCGGUUGGCCUGGGACCAGCAUGCAAGGAAACGGAGAAAGGGAGCCAAGACAGCCGGUCCUGCGCUAGCGCAGUCCCUGGCCAGAACGCUACUGCUUGGACAAAAUACUACUACAAUUGCUGUGUAUUGCAUCGCUUACUUUGAUCACCGUCUCGUCUCAUUCUUCGUGUACAUCAAGACAAAGGCAAACGAACGGGGCCAUUCCAGGGCCCUCAAGAAAUGCAGACCCGGCUGCAACGAUCUGCGCGGCAAUGUGAGAGUCAAGUCAAGGCGUUCUGUUUACCGCGUGUCGCGGAAGCGCCAAGCCGGCCCCUGCCAUUUCGGCUUGAAUGUUGAUCUCGGAGACACGGCUUCAUCCGAACAAGGAGCGGCAGGGCAGCAAGGAGCCAAGAAGAUGGCGCGCUCUCUCCUGCAGGUUCCUGCAGAUGCCCGCCAAAUAUACGUGAAGGACCCCCGGCAGGAAACUCGGGUGCUGGAGUUGAAUGCUGGCAAGGGCAGCACCAGGCGGUGA